AAUACUUCAUUCUGUGCAAUUAAAAUUGGGGAAAACGUUUGAGGAGCCGGGAGACAAUUUCAUCCUUUGUUUUUUCAUUUUCUGUUAUUUUGUACUAGUCUGCUUUUUCGAAGACCGGGAAGAUGUGGGAGUUGAAAUCCAUCGCGUUCUGGAGGGCAGUGUUUGCAGAGUUUUUUGCCACCAUGCUCUUCGUGUUUUUUGGACUGGGCUUUACGAUGCGAUGGUCUCCGGGCCCCGUGAACGUGCUGCUGGUGUCUCUGGGUUUUGGCUUUGUCCUGGCUGCCCUGGUGCAGGCGGUGGGACAUGUCAGCGGGGCGCACCUCAACCCGGCUGUCACCUUCGCUUACCUGCUGGGGGCGCAGCUGAGCAUGUUCCGCUGUGUGAUGUACAUAGCAGCUCAGCUCCUGGGAGCGGUGGCGGGGGCAGCUGUGUUGUAUGGGGUCACCCCUCCCACUGUACGGGGCAACCUAGGGCUCAACACGCUGCAUGCUGGAGUGGGUAUUGGCCAGGGCACGGCUGUAGAGAUAUUCCUUACUCUUCAGUUUGUCCUCUGUAUUUUUGCCACAACAGACAUUCGCAGAAAUGGAUUCAUGGGCUCAGCAGCCGUGAUCAUUGGCUUUUCACUCACUGUGGGUCACUUCUUUGGGCUUUAUUACACGGGGUGUGGAAUGAAUCCAGCCAGGUCCUUUGCACCAGCGGUACUCACUAGGAAUUUCAAAAAUCACUGGGUAUACUGGGUGGGCCCUCUGAUAGGAGGUGCUAUUGCAGCUUUGGUGUACGAUUUCAUCCUGUUCCCCAGGAUGAGAGGCCUCUCGGAGAGAUUGGCUAUUCUUAAAGGAGCUCAUCCCCCAGAAGCAGAGGGGCAGCAGGAACCCCGGAGUGAUCCCAUUGAACUCAAAACUCAAGCCUUAUAAGAGUAGUUGUCUUUUUAAAGAAAGGGGUUUACAACACAAGAACUAUCCUAUCAUCACGAAGUGACAUUGUGAAAUUUACUGUGUUGUUACUGAAGGUGUGCUUGAAAGAAUAUGAAUGCUGUUAAUGUCCCUGAGCAGGGAAUUAUAGAACAGAGGGUAUAUCUAAAUUACUGUACAGACAGGAAGCUAUCAGGAAAAAAAAGGCAAAUGGAGAUAAAUUACUUGGCUUUUUUCAAUAUUUUAAUAUUCUUCAAAUUCAGGGUUUGAAUGUUAGAAUUCACUCAUUAAUUGGAAAAAAAAAUCCCCAUGAGCUUACUUAAUUAUUAAUCAUAUUUUACAACAGUUACAUAAAAUGUAUAACCUGCUGUUUUUAAAAUGCUUGCUAAUUGCAAAUGCUUUAAGAAUAAUAUAAUGGGUUGUUUUGAUGGGACAAAAA